UUUAGCCUCGGGACGAAAGAAAGUGACUACUGCUAAAGCUUCAGAUCUCAGCCUUUCCAUCGGUGAUCGUAUAUUGUCUACCGACGCGUAUGUUCUCGAGAUGAGGGAUUUUGAUCUCAUUCUAGGUAUAGAUUGGCUAUCCUAUUAUCAUGCAGACAUUCGAUGCCAUGACCGGGAGAUUACUCUUUAUCUUCCGGGAGAUGAUUUGAUUACCUUCUUUGGCACCAAGAAUCGUUCCUUACCUCAUAAAACACAAACACCUCACGACGUUCCAGUCGUUCGUGAGUUUGUGGACGUGUUUCCAGAUGAACUUCCAGGAGGACCGCGUAACCGGCAGGUAGAGUUCUCUAUCGAUCUCAUUCCAGGAGCCGGCCCAGUAUCCAAAGCCCCGUAUCAUAUGGCGCCGAAAGAGUUGCAGGAGCUUAAGGCGCAAAUUCAGGAGUUAUUGCGACUCGGUUUCAUCCGGUCGAGCGUGUCACCUUGGGGAGCACCCGUUCUCUUUGUUAAGAAGAAUGACGGUUCUAUGUGCAUGUGUAUCGACUACCGCGACCUUAACCGGUUGACGAUCAAGAAUAAGUAUCCGCUUCACAGGAUCGACGAUUUAUUUUAUCAGCUGAGGGGAGCCUGUGUUUUCUCCAAGAUUGAUUUGCGAUCAGGCUACCACCAGCUGAAGAUCAAGGAGUCAGAUAUUGCUAAGACCGCUUUCGGUACUCGUUACGGCCAUUAUGAGUUUGUCGUCAUGCCAUUUGGCCUCAGUAAUGCUCCAGCAGUUUUCAUGAACCUAAUGAACCGUAUUUUCCAUCCCUACCUCGAUCAUUUCGUUAUUGUUUUCAUUGACGAUAUUCUUAUCUACUCCAAGAGCCAGAAAGAGCACGAGGAGCAUCUGAGGGUUGUUCUCGAAACCCUCAGACGAGAAAAGUUAUAUGCAAAAUUUUCCAAAUGCGAAUUCUGGCUCCAGCGAGUAGCCUUUCUUAGCCAUGUCAUUACUCAGGCAGGUAUCGAGGUAGAUCCUUCCAAGGUCUCAGCUGUUCAGAACUGGUCGACACCAAAGAGUCCGUCCGAGGUUCGCAGUUUUCUCCAUUUAGCUGUCUAUUACCGCAGAUUUAUUGAGGGUUUUUCCAAGAUUGCCCUCCCUUUAUCCCAGCUAACGAGGAAGUCUGUGAAGAUCGAGUGGACUGAUCGAUGUGAGUCGAGCUUUCAGGAGCUCAAGAAGAGGUUAACUUCAGCACCGGUGUUGACUAUUACCGAUCCUUCACGGAGUUUCAAGAUUUUUAGUGAUGCUUCGAGACAGGGUUUGGGAUGCGUACUCAUGCAGGAUGGCCAGGUCGUUGCUUAUGCUUCACGUCAGCUCAAGCCACACGAACAGAACUAUCCGAUGCACGAUUUGGAGUUAGCUGCAGUUCUUCAUGCUCUCAAGAUUUGGCGACAUUAUCUAUACGGCGGUCGAUGCGAGAUUUUCACAGAUCAUAAGAGCUUGCAGUAUAUUUUCACUCAGAAGGAGCUCAACAUGAGACAGCGCCGUUGGCUAGAGCUCGUCAAGGAUUACGAUUGCUCGAUUCAGUAUCGUCCGGGAAAGGCGAACGUCGUUGCUGAUGCCCUAAGCCGUAAGGUGAGGGGUGACUUGACGUACGUCGUUACUCAGCAGAACCGUUUGAUUCAGGAAUUCGCCUGGAUGCAGAUUCAGGUAGUUGAUGCACUUUCCACAGCCAUUUUGGGGAGUGUCAGUUCCAUGCAGAUUCAGCGGACGCUGAGAGACGAGUUCGUUCGUGUCAUGGAUGCCAAAGUCCGCGCCAGAGGCGUCAAGGGUUUUCAGCGAGGUAUCGAUGGUGCCUUAGAGUUCCGUGGCAGAAUUGUAGUGCCAAAAGUCGAGGCGUUGCGGAAGGAGAUU